AUGUCUUCUGUGCAACAGGGAACUGCUAGAAAGAGAUCUAAGGACGCUCUACUAAACGAUUUGCUUCCUGCAGAUCACAUCUUACAUGUACGCAAGCCUUCCGAUGAUGUCAGUCCCUACGAGAGUCCCGAUCUGUACUAUGGUCCCAAAACGGACCCUGCCAAUAGGAAAACUCACUAUGGAAGGCUGCGAACUAUAAGUGCUGUUUUUCCCCGACCAUCGCCUGGUGUUAGAUUCAAUCCUGCAUUUCUAGGAAUGGAGGUAGCACCUCAGUAUGGUUCAAGCGAUACCGAUAUUCACACUGCAGGUGUUCGCUCUAGUCAUGCCGUAAACGGCUUGUUUUCUCUUGGUGAUAAGUCCGACGAUAGCGAUGACGACGGCGACCUGGAGAGUGCCAUUAACAACCAGGAUGAUUAUGAAGAUAGCCAGAAUCACCACAAUCCCCCUCGGGUUACCAACAUACGCAGGCGAUCCCACAUUUCUGACAUAACUAAACCUAUUCAUAAGAAGGAAGAGGCUCAGCUAGGAUCCAACGAGAGAGGAUUUAUGUCUGACUCAGGACAUCUACCCGAAUCGGAAAAUACAGAAAGCGACCUCGAGGAAGACGAGUUGCAACCUAGGAUUGCGUCUGCUUCCAACUCAACUGGGUCUUUGCUAGCCUUGGAUAAUCAAAAACGCUCCAAUAUCAAUUACAACAUCAUGCCAAGAACAGGAUUGUCCUCUCCGUUCAAUCGAUCUGUUGAUUCUCUAGAGAGUCAAUCACAAUCCAGAUUGAUUGAUCCGAAACUUUCAGAUCAGGGUAGUGUUUCUCCGGAUGACGUCAGCUCUAUUGAAAGCGACGAUAAUGAAACAGACAGAAUGAGUGCCCAGUCUGAGAUUGGCGUUACCAGCCCUUCCAUGGAUCCGCACAGUCUUACCGUCAAUGGUCUUUCUUCCCAGUCUGAAGAAGGAUUAAACAGUCAAAGAGAACGAUCUUCAAGCUUCGUCAAAAGAUACAACCACGGUAUAAACCUAUGGAACGAGCUGACAAGAACAGGGAAACUCGAAACUCAUAAGAAGGAUGAUCAACAGGGAAAGAGAGAAUUGACUCAUCAAGGAUUUGAUCCGAAUGAUACUCAGUCUUCACGAGCCGCGUUUGAAAUGUCCCCUUCGCCUCCUGCCGAGUCAUCACUCAGACGUCGUGCUUCUGCAGACGAUUCCUCUUCCAAAAUCAAUCCAAAGAGGUUUUUUAUUAGCGACAUUGAUACUACUUUGGAGCAACUUUUGGAAAACGAAGAUACUGAUCAUAACUGCCAGAUCACCAUCGAGGAUACUGGUCCAAAGGUAUUGAAGUUAGGUACGGCCAACUCCAACGGAUUCAAUCAAUACGAUAUAAGAGGUACUUACAUGCUAGCAAAUCUUCUACAGGAACUCACCAUUGCAAAGAGAAUGGGUCGGAAGCAGAUGAUUCUCGACGAGGCUAGGCUUAACGAGAACCCAGUUGACAGGCUUACCAGGCUUAUCACUACGGUGUUUUGGAAGAACCUUACACGUCAGGUCACAAAAGAUACUGUGUUGGAGAUGGCACGUGAUACAAAAAUACAUUCAGCAGAAGCGAAAUUCCCCAGGGUUUAUGUGCCCCACCAUGAACCUGAGCAAUAUUAUUAUUACAUGAAUAUUUCCAAGCAUCAUCCAGAAUACCAGUUACAAGUAGAGUAUCUUCCCGAAGAUAUUUCCGCAGAAUGGGUGAAGUCUGUCAAUGAUAGGCCCGGGUUUCUUGCGUUGGCCAUGAAACACAAGUCUGGAAGAUACGGCGAUUUGGACGGCUAUCCAUACGUUGUUCCUGGAGGACGCUUCAAUGAACAAUAUGGAUGGGACUCGUAUUUUGAAACCCUAGGGCUUCUUAAGUGUGGUAAGGUGGACCCUUGCAUUGGUAUGUGCAAGAACUUUAUCUUUGAGAUCAAUCACUAUGGUAAGAUUCUCAAUGCAAACAGAUCGUACUAUUUGUGUCGGUCGCAACCUCCGUUCCUAACUCAAAUGGCUCUCAGGGUGUUCAAUUAUGUGAGAUUGCACGAGCAUCGGGAAGAGUUGGAUUUAUUAAAAGAUGCUGCGACAGCUGCGAUCAAAGAGUAUAAUGAUGUGUGGUGCUCGGAACCACGACUCGACAGGAAAACAGGGCUUUCUACUUAUCACCCAGGUGGAUUGGGAUUUCCUCCAGAGACGGAACCCUCACAUUUCCACGCUGUGCUUAGACCGUACUGCGAGAAAUACGGGAUCAGUUUUGAAGAAUUUACCCAGAAAUACAACGAUGGAGAGAUUAAAGAACCUUCGUUGGAUGAGUAUCUUUUGAAUGAUAGAGCUGUCAGAGAGUCCGGCCAUGAUACUUCUUACCGUUUAGAGGGAGUGUGUGCACACUUGGCUACAGUUGAUUUGAACUCCCUUUUAUAUAAAUACGAGACGGAUAUUGCAUUCAUGAUAGAGACAUAUUUUAGCAACAACUUUGUCUUACCAGAUGGUACCGUGGAGAAGAGUGAGAAAUGGAAGAAGUUGGCCAAAGUUCGCCGGGAGAGGAUCAACAAGUACAUGUGGAACGAGGAGGACAGUUUGUACUAUGAUUAUAACGUCAGGCUACAGAAGCCAUCGGAAUAUGAAUCAGUGACAUCAUUGUUCCCACUUUGGGCCAAUCUUUGUUCAAAAAGACAGGCAGAGAAGAUUGUCAUGAACUCGAUACCAAAGUUUGAGGAGUUCGGGGGUCUAGUCUCAGGUACAAAGCGUAGCCGGGGUAGAAUCGGAAUGGAAAAGCCUUCGAGACAGUGGGACUAUCCGUAUGCCUGGGCACCCCACCAGAUGAUUGCGUGGAAAGGAUUGUCUAACUACGGUUACUACAACGUAGCACGACGGUUGGCUUACAGAUGGUGCUACAUGAUGACAUUGGCAUUUGUGGACUUCAACGGUAUUGUUGUGGAGAAGUAUGAUGCCACAUCGGAAAGACAGCCUCAUAAAGUGAAUGCCGAGUAUGGAAACCAAGGCUCGGGAUUCAAGGGAGUAGCCACAGAAGGCUUUGGAUGGGUCAACGCAUCCUACCUAAUUGGUUUGGGAUUUCUGGACCGUACUGGGGUACGCGCCUUGGGUACGGUGACCCCUCCCAGAGACUUUUUCCACCAUAUCCGACCUGGUGAACUGAAGACGUAUGCACUAGACAAAGAUCAAGAGGUGCGGGCACGGAGAAUUAAUUUAGCAUCUAAAAACGACGAGAAGUAA